UGUGAAGCUGCACACGGAGUUGCGCACGAGUUUCCUUAUCAUAUAAAUAUGGUGGGCCCGCGUGUUAUCAUUAUCAGUACACUCAGUGUUGUUUAGCAACAAAGUGAUAACACUCAAUUGAUGUCCAAAAUGGCGUGCUGCAACAAAAACGUGAUCUCUCAACGCAAUUUGGAUUGCGACAAGCCAAGCUGCAUCAGCAUUCCCACAGACGGGAAACCCUGCAUCUGCCUUUACGUUAACAACGAAGACAUCAUCCAAUGCAACGACUGCCAUUGCAAUGAUGAUAAGUGUAAUUGUAACUGUGGUGAAGGAACCUGCUUCAAAACUGUUGGAGCCACCUUCAUCUGCGUGUACAAAGAUAAAGAAGGGAAUAUCAAGAGAUGUAAUAACUGCUCCUGCAGUUCAAAUUGUGCUAAAUGUCGAUGUGAUGAGUGUGAUAAAACAUGCGUUUGCUUCAAGACCAAUGGAAGGUCUUGUAUUUGCGUAAAGUCGGAUAAAAAGGGAACUAUCGUCAAAUGUACUGGCUGCGAAUGUAUUAAUGGAACAUGUUAUUGCAAAUGUAUUGACACCGAAUGUGUUUGCAUAGAAACUGGAGGAAAGGCAUGUGUUUGUCUUUGCCGAGAUGAAAAAGGAGUUAUUAAGAAGUGUGAAGAUUGUACUUGUAAUAACAUUUGUGGCAAGUGUAAUUGCAAGAAGGAAUGUGAUAAGAAAGAUUGCAUUUGCUUUACAACUGAUGGUAAAAAUUGCAUUUGUGUCUGCGAAGAUGAUAAAGGCAACAUCAUCAAAUGCAAUGAUUGCAAGUGUAUUGAUGAGUGUGACUGCAGAUGCGAUGAUUCUAAAUGCAUUUGCAUAGAUACCGAAAGAAAAUCAUGCAUCUGUCUUUGCCGAGAUGAAAAAGGAGCUAUAAAGAAGUGUGAAGAUUGCUCUUGUACUAAUAUUUGUGACAAGUGUAAUUGCAAGAAGGAAUGUGAUAAGAAAUAUUGCAUUUGCUUUACAACUGAUGGUAAAAAAUGCAUUUGCGUCUGUGAAGAUGAUAAAGGCAACAUCAUUAAAUGCAAUGAUUGCAAGUGUAUUGAUGAGUGUGACUGCAAAUGCGAUGAUUCUAAAUGCAUCUGCAUUGAAACUGAAGGAAAAGCUUGUGUUUGUCUUUGCCGUGGUGAAAGAGGAGCUAUUAAGAAGUGUGAAGAUUGCACUUGUAAUAACAUUUGUGACAAGUGUAAUUGCAAGAAGGAAUGCGAUAAGAAAGGCUGCAUUUGCUUUACAACUGAUGGCAAAAAUUGCAUUUGUGUCUGUGAAGAUGAUAAAGGCAACAUCAUCAAAUGCAAUGAUUGUAAGUGUAUUGAUGAAUGUGUCUGCAAAUGCGAUGAUUCUAAAUGUAUUUGCAUAGAAACCGAAAUAAAAUCAUGCAUCUGUCUUUGCCGAGAUGAAAAAGGAGCUAUCAAGAAGUGUGAUGAUUGCUCUUGUACUAACAUUUGUGACAAAUGCACUUGUGACAAGAAGAAUUGUGUCUGCAUUCUUACAGAAGGAAAAUCUUGCAUUUGUAUCUAUGAAGAAAAGGGUGCCAUAAAACGCUGUAACGAUUGUAAAUGCAUUCAAGAUGAAUGCAACUGCAAGUGUGAUAAUAAUUGUACUUGUAUCACUACAAAUAAUUUACCUUGCCUUUGUGUUUACAAAGAGGGUAAUAAUGUUGUUCGUUGCGUUGAAUGCAAGUGUUAAAUGUACUUGUCAUUUGAAAUUUUUCAUGUUUAUUCCCCAAUACUUAGUGUUUUUGAUGAUGUAAUUGUAACAUUAUUACGUUCACGUAAAAUAUUAAUCUUUAUCACUAUAUUUUAUAAAAUUAUUAUUCCUUUUUACAUAAUCACGUAUACUUUCAUAUUAAUCUGUUACUUAAUAUGUUUUU